AUGGCCAAAACCGGCCUGAUCCAUGUGAAGAGUGGAGGAUUCAUGGAAAGGCUGCCCGUGGCUUCUGCGCAUUCAGUGGCUCCCCUGUUCCGAGCGCUGCGCGCCCUGUUUCGUGGCUUGGCGACGGCUUGGAAGGCAAGCUUGUCUGCCAGUUACAGCCCGCUGACUUUGCGGGUCUCAAUUUUGACAUCUUUGCUUGCCACUGCUGGAUGUAGUCUUUAUCGGCCGGCCUUUUUUCUGCCUUUUUUAAUCGCUGCUUCUGGAUUUGAUGCAGUGCGCAUGUCCUUGCGGGUCCGAGAUGAGAAGAAAGUGGAUGAGAAGACGCAAAUGUACGAUGCGAUUUUACAAAAGUACGAUGACGGUACUCCAGAAGUGCGGCUGGCAAGACAGGCCGAGUCGUACGCGCUCUACUUCGACAUCGACAUGUAUGGCUCCCAGCUGGAUGGUGAGGUGCCGGACGAGCCGGGCCUGAAUUCCUUUGAUGACGCAGAUGUGGAUGUGCUUCUCGGCAGCAUGGCUGGUGCCCUGCAGAAGAUCUAUCCGCAAUUCGCGGGCCUGGAGGUGGUCGUAUUUAGCUCCUCGGGCGUAUGCCUAGCUACGAACCGCUACAAGGCUUCGUUCCACGUGGUGUUCCCGCAGAUUAUCGUGGAAAGACCGGUCAUGUGCCACGAGAAGAAGGUGCAGUGCGCUGGGACCGCCUCGCACAUCCUGGUGAGGGACCAUGUGACUCACUACUUAUCCAUGGAAGAGGAGCAGAACGAAAGGUUGAAACAGCUUCGAAAGAGAGUCAGCAGUGAUCCGGUCCAGGCUGACGAUCCCGACGGUCCACGUCUGAAUGACUGGUGUGAGAUCUUGGAUGAGAUGCCUCUUUGGCACGACCCCCGGCCAGGACGUUGUACGGGAGUUCGACUGCCCUACACCGACAAAGAGCUGGCCGAUGGCAUCGAUCCUCGCACCAAGCUGCCGUUGGGACGUUGGUGGUAUCAGCAGGGCCGCCUUGAGAAGCUGCCACCCUUCGCAGACCGCCGUCACUGGGUGCGCCUGGGGGAUAUCUCAUGCCGUGAGACCCCCACCGAGCUCGAUGUCUCGCAGAUGGACCCCGAGGUGGACCGUUACCCCGAAUGCCCUGUGUGUCGCGGCAGGCGCUAG